GAAUCACCCACCCACCUGUGUGUAGCACCUGUCGCACGGUGCCGCGAGUGUUGUCGACGUCGUUAGUCGGGAAAAAAGUGAAAAGUGCCUUAGAAUGAUAUUUAAGCAGUGGCCCUGGCAGGCCCUUAUCAGCCUGCUCUGCGUGUUGUUCCUCGCCAGCAGUUGUGGGGCGGCCACCGAGCAGCUAAGCAGCCCGCCCAGUCCCAGCCCAUCCCAAAGCGCCGGGGCACGGACCCUUCUCAGGGUCUACGACGAGUGCACCCGCGCCGAGGCCGGAUUCGUGCCAUGUCUGAAAAAGAAGGCCAUAUCAUUCAUCGACCGCCUGGCCCCCAUCGACGCUAUCAACGUGGCUGAUGGCAUCAAGCUGGUGCGCCUGGAAACAGCUCCACGUCCGCCGGCCGCGAGCGAGAACGAGCUGGAGUCUUCGUUGCCCCGAUCCGGGAGCGAUCGGGAUGCCAAGCUCACCAACAUGCUGAUUGAGCGGCUCAGCUACUUCUUCAACGGGCAUUCCCUGCAGGUCAGCUUCCCCAAGCUCACAUCCGAUGAGAUUGGACGCGGACUAGAGGAAGGUCGUGGUAAAAUGAAGAAGAUGAUGGGCAUGAUGAUGAUGGGCAUGGCCAUGAAGAUGAUGGGCAUGAUUCCGAUUGCCAUGGGAGCGCUCUACAUACUGGCAGGCAAGGCACUGAUAAUCUCGAAGAUCGCCCUGCUCCUAGCGGGCAUAAUCGGGCUGAAGAAGCUGAUGUCCGGCAAGUCGUCAGGCGGCAGCUCCGGAUGGUCCUCCGGAGGCGGCGGAGGAGGCGGUGGUUGGUCAUCCGGAGGCGGUGGCGGUGGAGGCGGUGGCUGGGACCGGCGAUCCCUGACCGAGGCUCAGGAGCUGGCCUACCGAGCCCACCACCAGGAGCAGGCGGCCCACGCCCAGAGCCACGCGCAGCUGCAGCAUCUGCAUCCGAAAGCAGCGGUGCCGCAAGUGACCAAGUCGUAGGACGGAAAUCCAGAAAUCCAUAGUGAAGAGCUGGAGGAAGAGUGACCCCAAGUGUUAGAUAGCUGCAUUUAUCUUGUGGAUAAAUCACGGACGGCGGACGGAUUGUAAUUAGAUACAC